GCAGGAGCCCUAAUCCUUGCUAUUCCUCUGGGCCUCUGCCUCUGUCUUGGCCAUAGGCUGAGCUGAAUUCCGAGGAGCGGUUGCGUUCGUCGUUAGGUGUAUUUCGCAGGCAACUCCUGGUCUGGAGAGGAGUAUAUAUCAGCUCAGUGGCUUUUCUCAGUCUUCAAUCUUUGGUAGUUAGGUCCGUGUGUGGAGUAGCGGCACAGAAUUUGUAUGAAUUCAUUGAGAAUUGGCUGGUGAUUACGAAAUUGUAGGUUGCGGUUAUUGUUGUGGCCAUGGCGGCCGAUAUGUUUACCGUUUCCCACACGGUAGGGCGGGUACUAUGUUGUAUGUGCGGAGUAACAAUGGCGCCGAACGCAGCCAACAUGUGCGUCACCUGCUUGCGUUCGCAGGUGGAUAUCACAGAAGGCUUGCAAAAGCUCGUCACCGUGCUGUACUGCCCUGAGUGCGGCCGAUACCUCCAGCCUCCCCGGACGUGGGUGAAAGCGGAGCUUGAGUCGAAGGAGCUGCUCACGUUUUGCAUCAAAAGGUUGAAGAAUAUUAAUAAGGUGCGGCUGGUUGACGCGGGAUUCAUAUGGACUGAGCCUCACUCGAAGCGGCUCAAGGUGAGGCUGAAAAUUCAGAAAGAGGUCAUCAACGGAGCAAUUCUUGAGCAGGCGUACGUAGUGGAGUACACGGUGGAGGAUCACAUGUGCGAGAAGUGUUCGCGCGUGGCAGCGAAUCCCGAUCAGUGGAUCGCUUGUGUGCAAGUGAGGCAAAAGGUUGAGCAUAAGAGGACUUUCUUCUUUCUGGAGCAGCUCAUCAUCAAACAUGGAGCGGCUGCAGCUGCAGUUAACAUUAAGCAGAUACACGAUGGGAUGGAUUUUUACUUUGCAAAUAAGAGUCACGGCUUGAAACUUCUCGAUUUCCUAUCAAAUGUUGUUCCCGUCAGGAGCAGACAUGACAAGCAGCUGGUUUCACACGACACAAAGUCCAACACUUACAACUACAGGUUUACCAUGUCCGUAGAGAUUUGCCCAGUGUGCAAGGAUGACCUGAUAUGUUUGCCCCAGAAGGUUGCGGCUGGUCUGGGCAAUAUCGGUCCUCUGGUUCUGUGCGCACAGGUCUCAAACAGUUUGUUGCUGCUCGAUCCUCAGACCUUGCGGACCGCGUAUAUGGAUGCCAAUCAGUAUUGGAGGACUGGAUUUACGUCGGGAUUUAGGUCUCUUCUUAACGCCAGGCAACUUGUAGAGUACGUCGUUUUGGACAUCGAAACAGAUCCUAGUGCAUCUUCUCGUGCUUCGAAAUACGUACUGGCAGACGUGCAGGUAGCGAGGAAGUCUGAUUUUGGGAAGAACGACAUAACUUUUAUGGCACGUACGCAUCUUGGCCACCUAUUGAAUGUUGGGGAUUUUGCCUUGGGUUACGAUGUCUACGCAGCUAACACUAAUGAUCCAGAAUUAGAGAAAUAUCGCAAUUUAUCACUUCCAGAUGUAGUUCUCGUGAAGAAGAGCUAUGAGGAGAAGCGGGCUAAGAGACGUGGAAAGCCAAGACCAUGGAAGCUGAAGGCAUUGGACAUGGAGAUUGACCCCAGCGCUCUCAGGCAAGACCAGGAUAAGGCAGCCAAAGAAUAUGAAAGGUUUUUGGAAGAAAUUGAGGAGGAUCCAGAGAUGCGCGCGAAGAUCGCCUUGUACCGGGAUGCUAACUACAGGCCGCAAUCUGAAACUGCGUCUAUGAUAGAUGGAGAUGGCGAUGAGCCUCCAACUGUGCCGCUGGAGGAGUUGUUAGCAGAUCUACGGAUCGACCAUGAAAGGGACGAGUCUGAAGCUGCCGAUGAUGUGGAGAUGGAAGAAGACUAGCCUUUGCAGGUACUUGUAUUGGACCUGGGAGGUACACACACCAAUUCAAUCACGAUGAAUCUGUUCGGUCUCAGGUAUUCCCAUAUAGUGGGUAUGAUUGAAAUGCGCUGUCCAUCGUAGAAGUCCCUUGUGAAAGCAUAUAUGCAGUGUGCUGUUGUUUUCUGCAAAGCUUGCGCAGUUUCGCAUGUGAUCAAAUCAACCUGGGACCGUAAGAUUGUGGACCGAAGUUUUGACAGACAUUCUCAAUCGCUGCACUAAAUUCAAGUGGAACGGUAUUUAGGAUUUAGUAUGUUAUCAAUUGUCCUCAAGGUGUAUGUAGUGGGAAUGUUUUUUCUGGAAGAUGGUUCUUUAUUACAAUAGCGGUUUUCUUUUCCACCGCUUUUGCAGCAGGAAUUGUUGUACAUGUAGAGUGUCAAAAUCUGCAAGAACGGUCAAUAUUGGAUUGUUUUAAGACCUUUCAAAAGAGUAAAUGGCUGAAGUCUGCGUUGUUCCCAUUGACAAUAAUUACUAUCUCCAUUAUAUUACUCUUA